AAUGUGCUAAAAAAAAUGGAUUGAAAGUAUAUUUAAUGAAUGAAUCACCAAAUCCACUUAUAUAUAAAAAAAAUACUCGUAUUAGUGGAAGAGACAUGUUUGUUUCAUUAUGGAGUGUCUUAUGUGAGCAAAAAAAUAGACAAAAUUAUGGUACAUACCCACAAAUAAAACCAUUCUUAUUAGCAUCAGCACGAAAAAGAAUAUCAGAAAUUGUAAAACCACUAAGAGAUCAAGUAAAACAUAUACAUACAGAUGGUUUUAUUGUAGUUGGAAAAGUAGAACUUAAAACGGGAAUAGAAAUGGGCAAGCUAAAAUUAGAGAAAAGAGAAAAACCAUCAUAUCCAGAAAUUCUAAAUUUGACUAUUUUCAAAGAAAAUGAGCUUCACACUACAAAUAGUUUAUUAGAUUUUGGAAAAAUACAAGAUAAAGAGCAAAAUACAAAUAAAAAGGAAACCAUUAAAAAAAUAUUUGCAGAGCCAGCAGUAAAACAUAGAAGACCUGUUGGAUUUGAAGAACCAC